AUGCACAUCAAGCUGUGGAUCACUCAACCUGCCCUCUCUGACAAAAUCAACCCGCCUUUAACUGAAUCCUUAUCCCUCUCCUCCACCUUCCCGCCCGUCAGUCUCUCCCACAGCCGCUUCUCCUGCCUCCUCCAUGGCUCAUCAUCGCGCCUGCUUCACCCGUCAGAACCUCCGACUCUGAGCUCGUCACAGCCUCCCUUCCCUCGGUCCAGAGGUGGCGCGGAGGCCAUGAGGCCACGGCGUUUCCCGCGGCGUGGAUUUGAGUUUGCGCUGUCUGUGAUAACUGUCCAACUCAUCGCAGGGUCGACUGGGUUAGUCUGCUACACCGCUGUGGAAUCGCUGGACUUAGGCUGCCUCCUGCGGUGGGAUUGUCCCCAUGCCAGCCCGAAUAUCACCUACACGGUGCAGACAAAGACUCAGGGGGAUCCCUGGCAGGACGUCCCGUGGUGCGUUUGGGUCUCCACCCGGAGCUGUGACGUCUCCCUGGUCUUUUCCAACUUUGAGCUCUACAACAUGAUCCGCCUCGGCGUCCACCUCGGUCCCGGCUCCGUUGUUUGGGUCAAGCCUCACAAGUUCGACUACAGCGACUUCACCUUCAGCCCUCCGUCUGUCUCCGUCUCUCUGAACAACGACACCCUGUCUGUGGAGGUGCAGUUCCCCUGCGCUGCCAGCAGGAGGUGCUCUCGUGACGCGUGUUGCCCCAUCUCGACCCUGAUUGACCCCUGGACCACAGUCACCGUGUUCAACGAGCUCAACCGCUCUGACCAGCAGAGCCGCACGGUUUGGACUCAGGAAGCGGUUUCAGUCGUCGAGUUCUCGGGUUUGUCUCCGGGUCAGAACUACUGCGCCGAGGCCAACUUCUCCUUCCCGACCUUCUCCAUGGCUGCUUCCCCCAAAUCUGCCCCAGGGUGUGUUGAAACCGGCUCCAGAUCAGGCGUGCCGCCGAUGCUGCGUCUCGGAGCCGGCCUGUCCUUCGUGUUCCUUCUGUUGUUUCUCACGGUGUUCCUGCGAAAACCCAGACGGGACCGACCGGCCCCCGACGGUCCACCCAAGGCUCUGGCAACUCCUCAGGACGCAGAGUCUUCGGCUCCCCCCGCCUGCGUCCCCGUCGAACCCUGCGACCCUCGCGACAUCCACCUGGAGCUGAUAGAUGACCGCGGCUCCGUCGACUGGAACGUCGAAAACAAAAGCUCUAGCCAACUUGUGCGUCAUGAUCCCGGUGUGGUACGUUGUCAUAACGGAGGGCAGAGGCAGAGAGCAGGCUUGGACUCUGGCGUAAGGAAUCCCACUUUGUCCCACUUCUAUGUGGAGACGUCAGACGAAAGCUGAAACGCCGAGACUUUUAAAAACGGCUUUCCUGGCAUUGCUUCAUUAGGCUUGCUUCACACUGGAUUAGGAACACGUGAUGAUCUCCUAGUCAGAAAGGUUUUUCCUACAAAAGAACGAGGUUCACGCACCUCCAGCAUCAGGAGAAAACACAACCAGGAUUUACCCGAGUCAAGCUGCCCUCUAAUGACCUCUAGUGACCUCCAACUUUUUUAGUCAAUGUCUUUAGAACGACAGCGGCACAAAUGAACCAAAGCCAGCACAAACGCAGCACAAACAUUUGACGCCCAUUUGGUUAGAUUUGGGUCGGCUGGUCGACCUGUUGACCUUGAAACUUUCACUAAUUUCUUCAAAGCAGACGCAGCACAUUUAUUAAUAUCUUUAAAAUGGCGGCAGCACAAACGACAAUUAUUGCUGCGCAAACCUUUGACUUCAUUCAAGCUCAGGAAUUAUAUCAGAAAGAUAAGAGGAUGCAGGUAAUGGAGGUUUCAGUACAAAGUGCCUUCCUGAGUGAAUCUUUUUUGUUAAAUUCUUUUGAAGAAAACCAGCCUCUGUGCAAUUUGGAGGUGUGCUCACUUCUCCACAUCUCACAGCCCUAUUCUUCCAGGAAUGUGGAAGUGCAAAACAAAGACUUUCCUGGUGACCCGUAGGUCUUCAGAAUGGAAAAUGACCCACACUAAUUCUGCCAAAUCAGUUACAAAGUGGCCCAAGGACAACAAAGUCAACGUCUGGGACUGGACAGGCCUUCAACCAUUUGGUUGACUUCGAUGCUGUGGCCCGGUUCUGGUCCAGAAAGAACUGCAAAUUCACUACUUGAUGUGUUUCAAUGACAAGACUCCAGGUUCACUUCACUGUGGAAGCUGCAUGAAUAUUUAAAACACAACUCCAUGAGCAGAAAAGGUUUGAAAUGACUCUAAUUGAGUUUAUAUAUUUUACAUAUAUAAACCAGACGAAUGUCGCACUGAUUUUAUUUUAGUUCAGACUUUAGAUUUGUUUGUUUCUGAUAUUUAAAGCACCUAAACCCAGGCUUUUUUUUGUUGUUAAAUGUUGCCUGUGAUUAAACAGAUGUUUGCAGAAAUUGCAGGUGAAUGUUAUACUUUCUUUCAAAUCGGGGCUCUGAGAGAACAUUGCAAAUAUGAAGAAUUAUCUAAACCAGAGAGAAUAAUGAAGCGCUGAUCCAGAGCUAUUUUAAAACGGUUGUAAGAAGCAAUUCAAUUUUAAAGAGAUGUAUAAAUGACAAGUUCAAACACAAGAGGAAAGUCAACAGAAAAUGACUUUUGACUUUUCUCCUGUUUCUGUUUGAUGUAAUUUCUCAAAACGCCUCAGAAACAGGCUGGUGAUUUAUUCUCAGCCGUUCUUGAAUUUUGCUUUUCUCUUUUUUUUGACCGGAUGUUUCGGGUGAUGAUGAUGUUUCAGUUUGACAUCUUUUAAUCUAUUUUGUGUUUUUAGCUUCUAUUAAAGUUUAUUGAUGAGA